AUGUACAGAAAAGAUUUUGUUUCCAAGUCGCCUUUCAAACACCCCUGGUGGUCGCCCUUCGGUGGCAUUGGAGACUCAAUCCGUUGCUUAGAUGAGAGACUCAUUGUGGAAUUGUCAAACCAAAUUAGAGCAAAGCCUGCUUGGACCACCAAGUACAAGAAUUCAGACAUUGUAAGCAAAUGGAGGAAUGAAUUUGACGAACAAGAGCACAAGUCUGAGCACGUUGGACAAGUUUUCGACUACGUGAUCAGGGAACUUGAAUGGUACGAUAAGGUGGAGUCGACACGUCCUGAAUUUUCUGACAAGAAAUUCAAAAUUGGACCAGACGACAGAAUUGUAUUCAGCGAUGGAGCAAUUGACGAUAAAACGGCCAAAUCGCUCGCGUCAGGAGUCGCUGAAUUUGAGAAAGUCACGCCUAAAGACUACCACCCUGGAUCGGACAAUUUGGUGGUGGAUCUUGUACAUCCAUCACUCUUUCAUUUGGAAUAUGGCCGUACUAAAGCACUUAACGAUGGACAAUUGGAAGUUGUGGAGUUUAACGAGGAAAUUCCCAAAUUCAAGAAAGGAUUAUCCGAAUGGGGCAUUUCCAAGAGGUUCCAAUGGCUUCCAGCAGAAUUAGAUCUUGACAAAGACUCGAAGACGUUCAGCUUUGGCUCAUACAUCAAUAACCUUCACCCAUUGAAGUACUCGAACUUGUAUGAAUCAAUCGCUGAAGUGUUCAACCAGGUGGUUCCAGGCUUGAAUUUUUCGCUUGCAAGAUACUUAUCCGAGGAGUACGUUCGUGUUCCAAUUCCAAACUACUCUGAAGCCUACAAAGAAGGUUUCAGUGAUUGGGAAGAAAAGUUCUGGGAGAAUUAUGAUCACGAAUCUUUCGACGAAUCAGCACACGACGAAGAGAGGAAGGAAUUCUUAAGAGAUUUUCCACCCACCUACAGCAAAGAUCCUGUCACCAAGGAUUUUGAUGUUCGUGACUUCUCGAAGUUGAAGGUGGUGGUAAAGUUGGCCAACAUUGAGCUCACCCCUGAAAAACCCAAGUACGCUGGCGGUUCCUGGCACGUGGAGGGCACUAUCAAUGAGGAUAUCGUUGCAACUGUUCUCUACUAUUACGACAUAGAGAACAUCAAGGAUAGCAAGCUUUCGUUCCGUGGUGGUUCUGAAGAUCCAAACUAUGAGCAAGGAGACACGUUGUACUGUGAACAUUUCUUCGGAUUAAAGGACGAAGACAAAAUGACCAAGUUUGUUGGUUCUGUAGAUGCUGAGGAAGGAAGAGUGAUAAUCUUUCCAAACUUCUUCCAGCACCACGUGGAUCCCUUUGAGUUGGCGGACCCUCUGAAGCCAGGAAAGAGAAAGAUCUUAUGCUUCUUUUUUGUUGAUCCCCACAAUGACCUCGUCAAGUCCACUAGAGACGUCCCACCUCAAAACAAGGAGUGGGUGAAUGACAAGGAAUUAUUGGACAAGUACUUCCCUGGCGUGAAUCUGGAGGAGAUCGCAACCAUGACUUGGGAAGAAGCACUCAAGGCCAGGGACGAGCUUAUGGCCGAGAGAACUGCUGCUCAAGAUGGUGACGAUGAAUGGGAUUUCCCUUACACUCGGUCUUUCAGUCUUUGUGAGCAUUGA